GAUUCUUUUCACCCAAGUUGAAAAUUUUCUUAUAAAUUUUUCCCUUCAAAUUGUAAUUUUCUUCAAUUUAGCUACUGAAAAUGUGGGUAGUUCAUGGAUUUUUGAAUUUUAGGAUUUUUGUUUUUUAUUUUUUAUUUAUUUAUUUUGUAGCUGCCGAAAAUGUGUGUAGGUUUAUACUUUUGAUUGUGCAUUUGUUUAUAUAUUUGAACUGAAUUUUCUAGAAAAAAAAAAAAAAAAAAAAAGUGCUUUAAGAGGAACUUUCUAAGUUAAUUAAUCUGAUUAAGAUAAAUAGGAGUUGCGCUCCACCUAAAUAAAGGCUUUAGAAUUUGAAAUCUUCCCCAUUUGCAAUCCAAAGCUGAGAUUGAAAUCUGCUACAAUUUCCCAAAUAUAUGAUAAGAACAUGAAUUUUGGUGGGAUGUUAUAUGAUUAUUAUCAUCCCCAGGCAACAUUUGAGAGAAGCAGGGAGAGGAGGAAUGUGGCUGAUUCAGCUGCAGAUUUUUUCUCAAACUUAAAUAGACCUAUAGUUUUACUUUACAAACCUUGUGUUUAGUCUUUUUGGAACUUGGUUAAGCAUUUUGAUUUCCUUAGUUCUGUUCUUUUGUUUCUCUACUUUACAAAUUACUUCUGUUGGGAGUUCAACUUGAAUUUUUGACCGGUACUACAUGAGGAACAGUUAGGAAACCGAUAAUUGGUUUAAGGUGCGAAAGUCAAUUUUCAGUUACAAAUAACAAAGUAGAUUUAAGUAUUCUUUCACAUUACUAUCUAUAAAAAAUUUUAGAGUGGUUGAACUACUCAUGUUGAGAAUUUCUGUGGCAAUUAUUCAAUGAUAAUUUGAAAAGGAAAUGUAUUAAUUAAGACAAAAUUUCUAUUAAUUAAUUGAGUUAAUUAAUAGUCUAGACAUGUAUGUUGUUUCUAGAACUGAGGUUUGUACAAUGCAAACGUGUAGUGUAUAAUCAUAGUUUGACAAGGGAAAUGUGGGGGUCAGUUGCUAAUAUUUUAGUCAUUAACUCAAUCAUUUAACAAUAAACAAAUACAAUAUGCUAAUCAAGAUUGCGAUUGACAACCAGAUCACAGACCUGUUGUAUAGAAAAUACUGAACACCUUUUUAUAUCACCCAUUAAAGUGAUGAUUUGGAUACCGGUUUUGCCAGUUUUGAUUGCAAAACUGCAGAUGGUGUUUAUGAAAAUCAUGUCUUAAGCUCUGUUUGUAGAUAAAGCCAAUCUUCUCCUUAAAUUAAUUGAGUCAAUUAAUAGUCUGGACAUGUAUGUUGUUUCUAGAACUGAGGUUUGUACAAUGCAAACGUGUAGUGUAUAAUCAUAGUUUGACAAGGGAAAUGUGGGGGUCAGUUGCUAAUAUUUUAGUCAUUAACUCAAUCAUUCAACAAUAAACAAAUACAAUAUGCUAAUCAAGAUUGCGAUUGACAACCAGAUCACAGACCUGUUGUAUAGAAAAUACUGAACACCUUUUUAUAUCACCCAUUAAAGUGAUGAUUUGGAUACCAGUUUUGCUAGUUUUGAUUUCAAAACUGCAGAUGGUGUUUAUGAAAAUCAUGUCUCAAGCUCUGUUUGUAGAGAAAACCAAUCUUCUCCUUAUCCUCCUAAUCUUACCUUUCCUAUUCAUCAUCCUCAAGCUCUUCAAAUCUUCAUCCAUAUCCAAAUCUUCAUCACUUCCACCUGGUCCAUUUCCAUGGCCAAUUGUUGGCAAUAUCUUCCAAAUUGGAAAGGAGCCUCACCUGGCUUUCACAAACUUAGCUAAAACCUAUGGCCCCCUCUUCUCACUCAGAUUGGGAAAUCAGCUUCUCAUUGUGGGCUCAUCCCCCGAUGCUGCAAUGGAAAUUCUCAAGACCCAAGAUCGCUACUUAUCUGGUCGAUAUAUUCCUCAUGUUGUACCAGCUAAGAGUUUGGAACUUAACAAUUUUUCACUUGGAUGGACAUUGGAGUGCAAUGAGCACUGGAGGAACUUACGUACCAUUUGUCGAGGAGAGCUAUUCUCAAGCAAAGCAAUAGCUACUCAAGCUUGUAUAAGAGAGAAAAAGGUAUUGGAAAUGUUGGAAUUUAUUGGUAAAAUGCAAGGUCAGGUGGUAAAAAUUAGAGAUUUAGCACAUGGUGUUGUAUACAAUAUGAUCAGUAAUAUUCUGAUCUCAAGAGAUCUUAUAAACCUGGAGGAUGAAAGUAUAAAUGGGGAGAUGAGUAGGCUUGUGAGGAAUAUUAUGGAGUUGAGUUCUACUCCAAAUAUAUCUGAUAUCUAUCCUAUAUUAGGUCCAUUGGAUGUACAAGGAUUAAGAAAGAAGUCCAUGGAACUAUAUGAUAGGGGCCGUAAGAUGUGGGAAGCUAUAAUCAAAGAAAGAAAGGAGAUUAGAAAAUUUAGUGAUGCUUCAACUGAUCAAGAUUUUCUUGAUGCUCUAAUCAACACUGGUUGUCCCGAGGUUCAAGUGCAUAUGCUGCUGUCUGAGCUGUUAACUGCUGGCACAGACACUAGUAGCUCGACAAUCGAGUGGACAUUAGCAGAGCUAAUUAGAAAUCCUAGAUGCAUGAAGAUUGUUGAAGAGGAACUUGCUAGAGAAAUCAGCCAAGACUUGGUAAAAGAAUCCCAUCUACCCAACUUAACAUACCUUCAAGCUUGUGUUAAAGAAGCCAUGAGGUUACACCCAUCCGCACCACUUCUUCUCCCUCAUCGAGCUGUUGAGUCUUGCCAAGUUAUGACUUACACCAUUCCAAAAGACUCCAUGGUUCUAGUGAAUUUUUGGGCUAUUUCGCGAGACCCCGAUUACUGGGAAGACCCAUUAGUCUUCAAACCAGAGAGGUUUCUGAACUUGAGUUUGGAUUUCAAAGGGAAUGACUUCCAAUUGAUACCCUUCGGUUCAGGGAGGAGAAUAUGUCCUGGCUUAUCGAUGGCUGCCAAGCAUGUUCCUUUAGUUGUUGCUUCCCUGAUCCAUUCUUUUAAUUGGUCUCUUCCAAAUGGAAUGGAUCCAAGAGACUUGAAUAUGACUGAAAGAUACAAUAUUACUAUGAUGAAGGAAAAGCCUCUCCUCCUCAUUCCCAAAACUAAAUUUUAAGUAAAUUUUAUGUAGAAUAUAUCUCCUUUGCGUGAAUCAAUAAAACAAUAUGGUUUUAUUGUUGUUUCCAAUUUAUGCAAUUUAGUUACAGCCAACUGGCAUAUUUAUGCA